UUAGAUUGUUAAUUGUUUCAAUUAUUUCAUCGAAACUGAUUAACCACCAUGGACUCAACUUCAGCCAUUAAAUUUGCCUCAUUUUGUGCCACCCGAACCUACAUAUCACUUAUAUUAUCCUUAUCAAUUAGUUCAGUGGCUUUAAUUUUCAAUUUUCUGGUUGACGAUUUUGUAAUUAAAUCAAUUAAAGGUCAAAUUAAUUUAGCCAGCAAUGAAUCUGAAUAUUACAAUGCUUGGCUUAAACCCGAAGCUGAUAUGAAAUUAAAUGCAUAUAUUUUCAAUGUAACCAAUUCAGAAUCAUUUCUGUCUGAUUGUGAACAAUUAAAGCUAAUUGAGAUGGGCCCAUAUUCAUUUAAAAUCAAAAGUGGACGUAAAUUAGCCAAUAGCUCACAAUUAGAAGACAAUCCAACAUUAACUUACCUUGAUUUUAAAAAGUACACCUUUGAUUAUGAAUCAUCAGCCAGCGAUUUAACUGACAAUUUCACUACAAUUGAUAUUCCAACACUGGUUAUUAAUGAUUAUUUGAGUAAUAUUAUCGUUGGAGAUGAUAUAACAAUUGAUGUAGUUAAGGCUUAUUUAUAUCUAUUGGAUGAUAAAGUAUUCAAACCAAUUACAGCUGAGCAAAUGUUGUUCAAAGGUAAACGUGUUGACCUAUUAGGGCAACUUGCACGCGCUUGGAGAUUAUAUUAUUCAGGUCGACCUUUUCCUGAAGUAAAGGGGUUAAAGGAUAAUACCUUCGGGCUAUUUAACACUUUCAAUGUUAGUUACAUGGGACCUUAUCAGAUCUAUUCAAGUGGACCCUUAAUUGGUAAUAUAGUUUCUUGGAGAAAUUCACAAGUUAUGAACAUUUGGUACGGCGAUGAGUGUAAUCAUGUUAAAGGAACCGAUGGAACUUUUUUCCCGCCUUUUGUAACGAGAGGUCAAGUUCUAACGGUUUUCGUUCCGCCUCUUUGCAGGAAAUUUAUCUUUGUUUACGAAAAGGAUGUUGAUCUGCAGGGAAUCAAUUUGUAUCGAUUUAAACUUUCAAAAGAUACUUUCAAUUCUGGUAAAACUACACCAGAAAAUCAAUGUUAUUGUAAUGAGACAUUUUUCAAUCAUCAAAAUAGUUCAUCGGAUGAUUUUAAUCCUGAUUGUUCAGUUGAUGGUGUACUUGAUUUACAUUCAUGUAUGCAUGAAGCUCCAGUUUGGCUUUCACAGCCUCAUUUUAUCAAUUCCCCUUUGAAUGAGGCUCAGUUGCAUAUUGAAGGAUUAUCAGCUGAUCCAGAGGCUCAUGAAUCAUUCCUUGAUAUUGAACCGUAUUUGGGAGUACCAUUAAGAGGUCGUGUAAGAUUUCAGAUCAAUGUUCAACUACGAAAGCAAACAUUUUUCACUGGUAAAGAUGAGAUUAAAUGUGCUCGUUUAUUACCUUUAGCUUGGUUUGAAUAUUCUGGUACUGUUAAAGAUGAAGAUGUUGAACUGGUCAUUCAAAGUGUUGUCAAUACGAUUUCAAGGGUUGACCAAUCAAAGCCAAUCUAUGCUCUAAUUGCUUUUGCUUUUACCGUUAUAUCUUUAACAUUGGGAUUUGCUAAAUAUAAACAGAUGAUUUCAUCUCAUCCAAUAAAUAAAGUUAAUAAUAAUAAGGAUAAACCAGAGAUUAUAUCAUUGGAUUCAACAAUUAAACAGCAAACAAGUAAAAAACAUCAUCAUAAACCAUCAAUCUCAAAGGAUAAUCAACAUUUAACUGCAAAGAAAAUGAUUAAAAAAUGAUCAUCUAGAAAAUCGACCAAAGAAUCCAAUAGAUGGCGACUUUGUAUCUUCGUCAAUUCGUAUUGUACAAAAAAGUUUUCAAUU